AAUCCCCAACCUCAGUACCUUUUUGUCUCCUUUGUCUUUUGCAAAACAGCAGUAUGUGUGUGUGUAUGUGUGAGAGAGAGAGAAAUGGGUAGAACACAAGAACAUUGAAAAAUUGAAAAGAGCUUAAGAUCCAAAAACAUCAAAGCUUUAUUUCCAUUCUAUGGGCUUCAAAGAUUUCCUUUCUGUGUCCCUAUUAGGCCACUACUCUUCAUAUUUCUCUUUCUUUCUUGAUGUUUUCUUAACAUAGAAAAAGAGAACACACAGAAGAAAAAGUAGCGAGAAAAGGGUGAAUCUGAAAAGGAAAAUGAAGCUUUGUCAUGUGCUUUUUCUUCUUCAUGGACCCAUUUGGGGUUUACACUUAUAUCUGGUUGAAGCCAGACCAGACCCUCUUCUUUCUUCUUUAUCUGCUCCUCUUUCUUCACCACCACUCACACCCAUUCCUCCAAUUUCAGCAUCCAUGACAGCAGCCUUUUCUCCAGGGAUUCAAGUGAGAAGUGAAGAUCAGCAUCAAAUGAGUUCAGAUAAAAAACUGCGUAUAUCACUCAUUGUUGCCUCCUCUGCACUUGGUGCAGUCAUAUUGUCCUUGCUGUGUUUGUGGAUUUAUCACAGAAAGAAUUCACACAAAUCUCAUAAGAAAAAUUCUCAUAACUCAGGGCUUUCAUUAGGUCCAUUUAUGGGUAAAAACAAUUCCUUGAAGAUGACUCGUAACAAGGGAUCUGUACCUUUAAUGGAUUACAAGUUAUUAGAAGCGGCAACGAACAAUUUUGAAGAAAGUAAUAUUUUGGGUGAGGGUGGUUUUGGAUGCGUUUAUAAGGCGCAGCUGGGUGAUAAUUCUCAUGGGGCUGUCAAGAAAGUACAUGGUGGAAGUCAGGAUGUCAUAAGAGAAUUCCAGACUGAGGUUGAUCUGUUGAGUCAAAUUCAGCAUCCGAAUAUCAUUUCGCUACUAGGUUAUUGCAUACAUGGUGAAACAAGGCUUCUUGUUUAUGAACUGAUGCACAAUGGAUCUCUGGAAACCCAAUUGCAUGGACCUUCUCAUGGAUCCACUUUAACUUGGUAUCUCCGGAUGAAAAUUGCUCUUGAUGCAGCAAGAGGAUUAGAAUAUCUGCAUGAGUAUUGCAACCCAUCAGUGAUACAUAGAGAUCUGAAAUCAUCUAAUAUUCUUCUAGAUUCCAACUUCAAUGCCAAGCUUUCCGAUUUUGGUCUUGCCGUAACUGAUGGGACCCAAAACAAAAACAACAUCAAGCUUUCAGGCACCCUGGGUUAUGUAGCCCCAGAGUAUCUUUUAGAUGGUAAAUUGACCGAUAAAAGCGAUGUCUAUGCUUUUGGUGUUGUGCUUUUGGAGCUUCUAUUGGGAAGGAAGCCAGUAGAGAAACUGGCACCAUCUCAAUGCCAGUCUAUUGUCACAUGGGCCAUGCCUCAGCUCACUGACAGAUCAAAGCUUCCUAACAUCGUGGAUCCUGUGAUCAGAAAUACUAUGGAUCUGAAGCAUCUAUACCAAGUUGCUGCGGUAGCUGUGUUAUGUGUCCAACCGGAGCCAAGUUAUCGUCCAUUAAUAACAGAUGUACUACAUUCUCUCAUUCCUCUCGUUCCCAUGGAGCUUGGAGGAACACUAAGAGCUACAGAACAUGCAUCUCCUUAGUCCCGCGGAACCUCACUGGAUACUUGUUGAGAGUUCCUUAGUCCCGCGGCGCCUUCUGGUCACCGGAUACUUGUUGAGAGUUUUGAAUGCCUUCUGCAGUGGUAUAACAUAUUUACCUUCAGCACAUACAAGAUCAUUUCUCUGUGCAUUUAAUUGCUGUGGUCAUUUGGGUAAAGAGAAACUGGUGUUGUUAGAUUGAAUUUACUAUUUUGCCAAAGGAAUUUUGUAAAUUGAAGAUUAUGAGAUAUGGUCCGCUUGUACAUUCACUCACUCGUAUAUGUAACAUGUUAUUUAAGAGAAUUGAUGAUUGAACCAAGUCAUCUCUCUCGUUCUCUCUAAGAAGUUAAUGUCAUUGAAUAUCCUAUAUCUGGUUCAGUAUGUUUGCUAUGAGAGUUCUUGUGAAUUUCUGA